AUGUCUGCAAUGAAUAUUUUCAUCCUCUUGUUUGUAAGCCUCGUUUCUUAUCCUGCCCUACCAGUUACUGAUAAGGUAACUAGCUUACCCGAGCAACCACCGGUGCAGUUCAAGCAACACUCGGGAUACAUAACCGUUAAUGUUUCCCACCACCGGAACCUCUUCUACUAUUUCGUAGAAGCUGAAGUUGAUCCACCGUCAAAACCAGUUGUACUAUGGUUACAUGGUGUGAAUGGCCAAUACAAUAUAGUAAAACAAAUCAAACCCAAAUUCUUUCUCAAUAUAUCCACUGCUGAGAUAUCAUAUACUUCGCAUAAGGACGGUGCAUUGAUAUCAUAUACUUCGCUUAAGUACGGUGUCAUUGUGAAAGAACCAGCUCCAUGA